CUCCAAUAGUUUACAUCAACUUAUGUUUCGGACCACAAUAACUCUCGCCUCAGACUCGCUCGGACACAAACACAAUCGUCGCAAGACCUGGUCCGAAAACUCGCUGUGGUGCGCAUCAUCAUCACAUGAUCACUCUCCAUCGCUUCCUCCUCCUCCUUCUCUUCAUCGUUGGUGUGAAACUGUUUUCUCAGAGUUCUUGAAGCAUCUGAUUACGCUUGUUAAAUGUCACUGCCUGUGUUGUUUGAUUAUUGGUGAAAGUUUACUCUUUAUUGAAAUGCAUUCAACAGGGAAGAUAAAUCUAUUAUCUUUUAUCAGAUUACUCUCCACUAGUUCAAGUUUAGUAAGAAGAAAUCACUUAUCUGCCACCAUCACCACCAGGUGUUCGACGUUAUGCGUCAAUGAAGUAAAACAACGCGUUGAUGGUGUUAAACUGAGUCCUUUGGAAGUUCUAAGAAAAUGGGGCUGUAACGACGAUGAAAUCUCAAAGCUUUUCACUAGCAGACCAGCUUUGCAGAGAGCCAAUGUCUCUCAGCUAGAGUUCAAACUCAGCCUUCUUACUCCACUGGGGAUCACAUCAUCCGACCUUGUGAAGAUUGUCACUUGCCGUCCCAAGUUCUUCAGCUCUCGUAUUCACCUCGUCCUCGACGAAAGAAUCAACUACUUCAUCGACGUUCUUGGGUCAAAAGAGGUCUUGCGGAAAGCCAUUAUUAGGAACCCUUCUCUCAUGUUGUAUGACCUCGAUGAAAAGAUCAAACCCGCUAUAGAGUUCUACAAAGGGUUGGGGUUUAGCCAGGAGGAUCUUGUUGCAAUGUUGAUGUCUCGCCCCACGGUGAUUCCAAGAACGAGCUUCAACAAGGGAAAGCUCGAGUACAUCCAGAAGACCGGGGUCACCAGAGACUCCAAGAUGUUUAAAUACGUUGCAGCUAUCAUAGGGGUUACUAGGAUGGAGACCAUCCAAGAGAAGGUUGCGAACCUGGAGAAGUUUGGGCUAUCAGAAGAAGAGAUUUGGGGUCUGUGUGGGAAAUGCCCGAUCCUUCUCACUUUGUCAGUUGAGAAGGUUCAGAGAAACAUGACUUUCGUCGUGGCAACGAUGAAACUCGCGGCUAGUUCCGUGCUUAAGCACCCUUUCUUGCUUCUGGCCAACCUCGAGACUCAGAUUAGGCCUCGUGUGGAUUUGGUGAAGAGAGUCUUUGAAAUGGGGAUGAAGCCUUUGGUGGAAGAUGUGAGCAUUGCCACGGCGCUGAGGAUGAGCGAGAAACGGUUCUUGAAGGUUUAUGUGAUGUGUCAUCAAGAAGACGUUGUAGAGGAGUUGAUGGAGUUUUUUGAGAAAGCUAAAAGCGUGAAACGUUUGGGUGUUGAAUCUAAGAAGUAUGUUCGUAAAGGAUUCCCCUUUUGAAUCUCUUUUUCUGAGUUUGUAACAAUGUGUGGCUUUAUGAGUUUUUUUUUUGGAUUUCAAACCAUUAUAUUCGUAGUGUUCUUCGUGGUUUAGUUCA